UUUCAUUGGUCAAUUCACGUCUCAUUGGUCACAUGACGUCUCUUGUCUCAACUGACAUUUUCUGAAAACACUUUAAACUCUUUACUUGACGACGUAACAAUCGAUUUUUUUGAAGAAAUUUUAUUUUUUUUUGGUGAACCUUUCAAACUGCAACAGACAAAAGUUUAAGCAAAAUCAAUUACAUUUUCACAAAUUAAGGGCAAAGAAAACGAAAAAUACCCCUUUUUAAAACUUUUCUGUAGUUCUACAGAGAUAGCGAUUGAGAGAAAAUGGCUGACAUAUUUUUAAGCCAUGACAUUAAACGACUUCUUAGCGAGAAAUUUUUGGUCAUUAUUGGCGACUCUAUCCAGCGAGCCAUUUACAAAGACAUUGUGUCAAUGUUGAGUGACAGAGGAAACAAUUUUUAUCUGACUGACGGCGACAUGAGAGUAAAAGGCGAAUUAUCGUUCAGUGGAGACACUUUGUUGAAAGGCGGCUGUCAAAACGGAAUGACGAACGGUAUUGAUUAUUGUGAAAUCAGACAGUAUCGGAACGACUCGUUUUUUAUACGAUUUUAUUUUGUAACACGAUGUUUUAACAAAAAAGUUGAAGAAAUUCUGGACGAUCUCAAGAAAAUUCCCCCUGACAUUUUAAUAAUGAAUUCCUGCCUGUGGGACUUGAGCCGCUAUGGCGCGAACGGUUGGCCAGCCUACAAAGAGAAACUGAAGAUUCUGUUCGACUCACUCUUGAAGACGCUCAAGCCCAGCUGUCUGGUCAUAUGGAACAGUACCUUACCAGUCUCUACAGAAGCGUACGGUGGUUUCCUGGGAUCGAAAGCCCGCUCCCAGAAACAGAGACUCCCCAAAGAUAUACUAGCAGCUAACGAAUUCGUCUACAACCUUAUAAAGGACUACCCGUUUGAUUUUCUCGACUUGCACUACUUUCUUCGCUACCACAGGCACAGACUGAGUAAAGAUGGAAUUCACUGGGACAUGACGGCUCACCGCCGCAUCAGCAAUCUCCUCUUCACACACGUUUCUGAAGCCUGGGGGAUCCUUUGCCAGGCCGCGUGCCACCCCAAUUCCACCCGUGUCGACUGGACAGCACGAAGGCGGCGUAUGGAAGCGGCGAUGCAUUCCCAUGCAUCCACCCCUCUUUGGGCUCAAUCUUUACAGGAUUCGGCAAAGAUAACCAGAAAAUGAGCACUUUGAUAAACAGCUUCCGUGAAGUGAGCGAACAUGUCACAUAUCGGCGAAUGCACGACAAUAUCCUGUAUGGACGAAGGGGCAGGCGAAUGCACCACGCCUCGAUGAGUCUGGUGUCGAAAUCCAAGCAGAAAGUGUUGCACACGAGAAGAUGCAAGCGUUUAAACUCCACCAACAAACGGUCAAAACGAUCGAAAAAACG